AUGGACCAGAAAACGAAACCUCAGGGGUCCGAACACCCCUUGGUUCUCAGGUUCGACCAGGUUAGGCGAAUCGAUGGUCAGCUUGUCGGUGGGAAGAACUCCUCUAUUGGCGAAAUGAUAAGUACAUUGAAGAGCGAGGGAAUAAAAGUACCUCCCGGGUUUGCAACGACCUCUCACAUGUACUGGCAAUACGUCAAUACGAACCAUAUCGGCGAGGAAGCCGCCAAGGUUAUAUCCGAAUGGCAAUAUGGCAAAUUGUGCCUUAAAGACACGGGUAGAAAGAUUCGCAGUUUGUUUCUUGGUGGUACAUGGCCAACGAGCGCGGCAGUUGCCGUCAAAGCUGCUUAUUCGGAACUUUGUGCCAGUGCCGGCGUUAGUAACCUGAGCGUCGCAGUCCGCUCAAGCGCAACGGCGGAAGAUCUGCCCGAGGCGAGCUUUGCCGGUCAGCAGGAGACGUAUUUGAAUGUCUCCGGUGAAGAUUCCCUCUUGGUUGCCUGCCGCCGUUGCUAUGCCUCACUCUUCACUGACCGAGCCAUAAGCUAUCGCCAGACGAAGGGCUUUGAUCACAUGAGCGUUGCGCUUUCCAUAGGCGUGCAGCAAAUGGUUCGGUCUGAUGUUGGCGGAUCCGGUGUCAUGUUUUCUAUUGAUACAGAAAGCGGAUUUAACAAGGUCGUUCUCAUCAACGCUGCGUGGGGGCUGGGUGAGAACGUCGUUCAAGGCACGGUCAAUCCUGACGAGUAUCAGGUCUUCAAGCCGUUUCUUGAUGACACUACUCUUGUUCCAAUACUUGAGAAGAAGUGUGGAGACAAGUGCAUUAAGAUGGUCUACGGUGACGAAGGAGUGUCAACACGCAAUGUCGCUACCUCAAAAGCUGAACGAGACGGAUUUGUUCUUGACGACGAGGAGAUACUCCGCCUGGCACGUUGGGCGUGUAUUAUAGAACAGCACUACGGUACUCCUAUGGAUAUGGAAUGGGCUAUGGACGGCAUAACUGGAGAGCUGUUCAUAGUUCAAGCUCGACCAGAGACCGUACACUUGAAUCACGAUGCGGCCACCUUCAAAAUAUACAAGAUAAACGACAAGGGUCGUGUCCUCACAACAGGCCUUUCAGUUGGUGAUAAGGCAGUUUCGGGACGAGUCUGUCUUAUUGAAACUGCCAAGGACAUCGACAAGUUUGUCAACAACUCGAUUCUGGUUACCCGUGCGACAGAUCCUGACUGGGUGCCUGUGAUGAAGCGAGCUGCGGCAAUCAUCACCGACCAUGGAGGGCGUACGUCACAUGCUGCAAUUGUCAGUCGUGAACUUGGCCUCCCAGCCAUAGUCGGAACUGGAAUCGCUACAUACGUGCUGCAUAAUGGCCAAGAUGUUACGGUGUCUUGCGCCGAAGGGACUUCAGGAUUUGUUUACGAGGGCAUAUCGGACAUAACGACUCAGACGCUAGAUGUCUCCAGCUUGCCUGCAACGAGAACCAAUAUUAUGCUGAAUCUCGCCAAUCCGGCAGCUGCAUAUCGCUGGUGGCGGCUCCCAAGUGACGGCAUCGGGUUGGCCCGAAUGGAGUUCGUUGUAAGCAAUGCCAUACAGAUUCAUCCCAUGGCGCUUAUCCACUUCGACCGCCUCAAGGACGAAGAAGCUAAGAAGAAAAUUGUUUGCCUGACAGCGGGGUAUAAAGACAAGACGGACUACUUCGUCGACAAGUUGUCGCAAGGUUUCGCAACACUUUGUGCAGCUGUUUAUCCCAAGCCGGCCAUAAUUCGUAUGAGUGACUUUAAGACCAACGAAUAUGCUAACCUUGUCGGCGGCUCUGAGUUCGAACCAAAAGAGGAAAAUCCGAUGCUCGGUUUCCGCGGAGCAUCACGAUACUACUCGCCACGGUACAAGGAAGGCUUCGGGCUCGAAUGCCGCGCCAUCAAGAGGCUUCGGGAGGACAUGGGGUUUACCAACGCUAUCGUCAUGAUACCUUUCUGUCGGACCGUCUAUGAAGCCAAGAAGGUUUUAGCUGUCAUGGCCGAUAAUGGACUUAAGCGCGGCGAGAACGGCUUGUUAGUCUAUGUCAUGUGCGAGAUUCCGUCCAACGUAAUCUUAGCCGCUAAUUUUGUUGAUUAUUUUGACGGAUUCUCCAUUGGGUCAAAUGAUCUCACACAGUUGACCCUCGGGGUGGAUCGGGAUUCCGGCGAGUUGGCUAAUUUGUUUGAUGAGCAGGAUGAGGCGGUCAAGUGGAUGCUCAAACGAGUAAUCUCUGUGGCUAACGAAAGGGGUUGCAAGGUCGGCAUAUGUGGACAAGCCCCCAGUGAUUAUCCGGAGUUCGCAAAGUUCUUGGUUGAUUGCGGGAUUAACUCAAUAUCCAUCAGCCCUGACAGCUUUGUGGCGGUGAAGCAGCAGGUGAUUGGAAGCGAGCACACUUAG